AUGAAUCGUGUUUAUGAAAGUGGUGCUGCAAAAAAACGAAAAGCGAAAGAAGAACAAAAGAAAUUAGACAAGUUACCAAAAAUUACUGGAUUUUUAAAACAAGAUGACAUUACUAGCAAAAAUGAUGAAACGCCAAAAGGUACCGCUGAUUUACAGGAAAAUGUUAUUCAAAACGAAUCAGUCGAUUUGAAUCCUUCAGAACAGUCGGAAUUAUCAGUAGCUACACAAGUUCUUAUAAAUCAUAGAACAGAAGAGGAGGCAGCAUUGAGAAGCACGUCAGAAAAAAUUGAAAGUUAUUCGACUGAUAUUGCGUUAUGGGGCGAAAUCAACGAGAAGUUACGAUUAUACUGGUUGCAAAAAAAUCCAGGUUUAUGCAGCAAUAAGGAUAAAGAUUUCUCAAAAUCUGCACGGAUUUACCAAGAAGGAGAUAAACAAAAAGUGAGAACUCUAAACAAAUCAUUAUUUCAAUUGAAACUACAAAAUAAUGAAAUAGUAGAGCGUGAGUGGUUAUCGUAUUCGCCAUCAACUGGACGUAUAUAUUGCUUUGUAUGUCGACUUUUUUCAUCUGAAAAAGAUCAAUUUACAUUUUACGGAUUUAAUGAUUGGAAACACCCAGAGCGAAUUACGGAGCAUGAGCAAAGCAAAGCUCAUAAACAAACUUUAACUAUUUAUUCUAAACGGAGAAGAGAAACUGGUAGUUUAGAAAAUGCAUUAACGAUUCAACAAAAAAAUGAGAAAAAUUAUUGGAUUCAAGUAUUACGUCGAAUAACUGACACUAUAAAGUUUCUUGCUUCACGAGGUCUCGCUUUUCGAGGGGAGAACGAACGAUUCGGAUCUAGUCAAAAUGGCAAUUACUUAGGUAUUUUAGAAUUACUGAGCGAAUAUGACCCUUUCCUUAAAGAGCACAUUAAUACCUACGGAAAUAAAGGACAUGGAGUAACAUCAUACUUAUCAGCUAAUAUUUGUGAGGAAUUUAUAGGCCUUAUGGGGGAAAAAGUUCUUGCUUGCAUUAUAAGUGAGUUGAAGAAGGCAAAAUAUUAUUCUUUUUCUGUGGAUUCUACGCCGGACAUCACUCAUCUAGAUCAAUUAACGUUCACCGUGCGCUACGUUACCGAUCAGGGGCCUAUCGAACGUUUUUUAAUGUUCGUUCCUAUAGAAGGUCAUAAUGCCGAAUAUUUAACAGAGGUUGUAGUCAAUUUUUUUAAAGAUAAUGAUAUUGAUAUAAAUGACUGUAGAGGUCAAUCUUAUGACAACGCAUCGAAUAUGUCUGGACGCUAUUCAGGACUGCAAACCAGGAUAAGGGAAAUCAAUAAGUAUGCUGAUUAUAUUCCUUGUGCCGGGCACUCGUUAAAUUUAGUCGGCGUUAAGGCAGCUGAAUGUGUUAAUGCAGUCGUUAAGUAUUUCUAUAUCGUACAAAAUUUGUACACAUUUUUAUCAGGAUCGACUUAUAGAUGGCAAAAACUAUUGUCAUAUUUAGGAACGAAAAAAAAAGUCGUUAAAUCUUUAUCCGCUACUCGAUGGUCAGCCCGAGCUGAUGCAAUCAUCGCUCUUUUCACAGGUCAUACAGAUAUUACGAAAGCUCUAGAUGAUUUAUCAAAGGAUGAUACGCAGUCUAACGAGACUAGACUUGAAGCUAAGACCAUUUUAAAGCAAAUUACAAAAUUUGAAAAUGUCUUUAUAACUGUGGUAUGGCACGAAAUCUUGACACGUAUUAAUGAUACAUCUAAAAAUUUACAAAAAGAAAAUAUGGAUUUGUAUAUAGCAUGCAGUCUUUUAAAUUCCUUAGAAUUGUAUUUAUUGGAUAUCAGGGUUAAAUUCGAUGAGUUUUUAGAAAAAGCAAAAAGCUUUACUGAUAUCUGCGAAAGUGAAUCUACAUCUGAGCCAAGAAAUCGAAGAAGAAGCGUAAAACUUACUCGCUUUGAAGGAGAGAGUGAACAUACACAAUUUACUGGAGAAAGAGAAAAGCUCAAAAUAGAGAUUUUUUAUCCGAUAAUCGAUUCACUUUGUUCCAAUUUGAAAACCAGAAAAACUGCUUACGAAACGGUGAAUGAUAACUUCAAGUUUUUUACUGCUCUACCAAACAUGACAUACGAAGGAAUAAAAGAAUGCUGCGAAAAGCUUGCCAGAAAAUAUGAUCAAGACAUUUCUGCAGAAAAUUUAAUAUCAGAAUGUUUACAUUAUAAACAUUAUCUUCGUGAUACACGAAAGAACGAAGAAUUAUUUAUUCCUGAUCUAUACUUGCAACUGAAGAAAGAAUUUCUGACGUCUACAUUCCCAAAUAUUGAAAUAAGUCUCCGAAUAUUCCUUACCCUAAUGAUCACCAAUUGUGCUGGUGAACGAUCAUUUUCUAGAUUAAAGUUGAUAAAAUCCGAUCAUCGAAGCACAAUGUCACAGUCACGAUUGAAUCAUCUAAGUUUAAUGAGUAUAGAAUCGGACUUAUUAAAAUCGAUUGAUUUUGAUGAACUCAUAUCUAAUUUUGCUGCGAAGAAAUCGAGAAAAAAAGUUUUUUAA